UUUACGAGAACCACGAAAAGUCCAUGAAGCAGUUCGUGGACAGUGUGAGCAGAAGAAAUUACCCAAAUUUCAAACGAGAUCAUUCUUUCCUCCAGAAGUCAUCAUCUUCUCUCUCUCCUCCGAUGAUUUGCUCUUUCUCUCUCUCUCCUCUUUCUCUCUCCAUCCUCUGCCGUUCCUGAAGAAUUAUUGUCACUCUCUCUCUCUCUCUCUCUCUCUCUACUCUUUCAUCCCACCUCUUGCCUGUUCGUUUUCUCUUAGAUUCCGUCAAAACUUCACUCGCCGGCUCUUUUGUCAAACCUCUGCAAAACCCACUUCUCCACAAGCCCCAGCAACCAUUCUUUCUGCUCUUUCUUCCACCUCCGAUUCUGAUAUUUUGCUCUGUACCCCCUGGUGUGAAGGACCCUCAAGCAUCUCAAGUCAUACUAUUCUCCAUAUCAUUUGAUCGUUAGUUAGUUAAGUUUAAAACUGGCGGAUUGGCUGUGAUCGAAUCGAUCCAGUCUCGAAUAGUGUGGCAUGUGAGAUGAUAACAGACUAACAGAGGAAGAGAAGUUGAUACAUCUGUGGUUGCUUUACAAAUUUUGGCAAAUCCUUGCCAUUUCUUUGGUUUCCUGACUGGAAUGGGUACAUAUCUGAGCACUCCUAAAACUGAAAAGCUCUCCGAAGAUGGCGAGAAUGGCCGUGUCAGAUAUGGUUUGUCGUCCAUGCAAGGAUGGCGUACCACAAUGGAGGAUGCUCAUGCAGCAUAUCCUGAUCUGGAUGCAUCCACCUCAUUCUUUGGUGUUUAUGAUGGCCAUGGAGGCAAGGUAGUUGCUAAGUUCUGUGCAAAAUAUCUUCACCAACAAGUACUCAAGAAUGAAGCAUAUGCGGCUGGAGACAUAGGAACUUCUGUUCAGAAAGCUUUUUUCAGAAUGGAUGAAAUGAUGCGUGGACAAAGGGGUUGGAGAGAGUUGGCUGUUUUGGGAGAUAAGAUAAACAAGUUUACUGGCAUGAUAGAAGGGUUAAUUUGGUCUCCAAGGGGCAGUAAUGGUAAUGAUCAAGCUGAUGAUUGGGCUUUUGAGGAGGGGCCUCACUCUGAUUUUACUGGUCCAACUUCUGGGAGCACUGCCUGUGUUGCAAUUCUUCGAAACAAGCAACUUUUUGUGGCGAAUGCUGGUGAUUCUCGUUGUGUGAUAUCAAGGAAGGGUCAGGCAUAUAAUCUGUCAAGGGACCACAAACCUGAUCUUGAGCUUGAGAAGGAGAGGAUUUUAAAAGCUGGUGGUUUCAUCCAUGCAGGACGAGUCAAUGGAAGUUUGAACCUUGCAAGAGCUAUAGGUGACAUGGAAUUCAAGCAGAAUAAAUUUUUGCCAGAUGAAAAACAAAUCAUAACUGCAUGUCCGGACAUAAACACUGUUGAGCUUUGUGAUGACGAUGAAUUUAUUGUGCUAGCAUGCGAUGGCAUCUGGGACUGUAUGUCUAGCCAGCAAGUGGUAGAUUUUGUACGUGAACAACUACUUUCUGAAAGCAAGCUAUCUGUGGUAUGCGAGAGAGCCCUUGAUAGGUGUCUGGCGCCAUCGACUGCUGGUGGUGAGGGAUGCGAUAACAUGACCAUGAUCGUGGUGCAGUUCAAGAAGCCCAAACAGUCGACUGAGUCUGAGGGUGGGCAAUCCUCGUCGACUGAAGAAGCAGCUGGCAGCGAUUCAAACGGAAGUGAUUCAAAGGCAGAUGAAAGUGAAUCGAAGUAGUGGCCCGCUGUGUACCGUGAAAUUAGUAGAGAGAUUUGCAUCACGUUUUUGCUCUCUCAGAAGAAAUGUGAAUCUCAGAUUGGUAAUUGUAGAUUGUUUAGCCUGGAAAAAAAAAAAGGAAAACGAAUGGAUCAUUAGCGAUUUAGUUAAAACUCGUUUUUGUGAUCUUCGAUGUUUGUUUUUUCGGUUGAAACACACGUUGAAAUAGUAUGUACAGAUUAUAACAAAGUACCACCAGAGUGUUUGAAUGUAAUCUUAAUAUAUCUUUGAGCUGUUCAAGUAAAAUGAUGUGAAGUGUUUUAUC